CAUUUAAGAACUUGAACUGGAUCCAAUUAGAUAGGUUUCUGUUGUCACAGGUGACAGACCCUGUUUUACAAGACUCACUGGCCUCCACCCAAAGCCACAGCGCAGUCAAUGAGGAACAAUGAACUAGGAGCACCUCAGUGUUCCUUCACUAAGGGUUCUUAUUGUUAGACAACUUGUUUUCAGUAUUUACUACCUCUACAUGGCACUUUACAAAGAGGACAGCCAAGACGACACACCGGAGUGUCCAGUAUGCUAUGAGAUCCUGUCGGGCAGUGUGCGGACUUUAAGCUGCGGACAUGUAUUCUGUCACGACUGCUUGGUCAAAACUCUGGUCAGCAUUAACAGCGAUGGAGUCAUCAGGGACACAAUUGUCUGCCCCAUCUGCCGACAUCUGACGUUCAUCAAGAGGCAAAAAGAAUCGCUGGUGGCACUCUCAGCGACCAAGUAUCCAGAUGAAGAACAGACCCUGGAGGUGCCUCUUCCGACAACGGCGUCGCAGCUCCGGAGCGCACGGCGCGCCUCCGGGGGCAGCUUACUGAGCGGAGUUAACCGGAUAGCCCACUGCUGCGGGAGUAUCUUUCGACGAGUCCGUCAGGAGAGGUUAAUCGGACACAACCACAAUGCGUGUCAGAUCUUCAUCAUAAGUGCCCAGGGGCGACCGAUGGCAGAGGAGGAUGCGCUCGACGUUGUGAUGACAGUGGUUCACCCUCAGCGCAGGGAGAGACGCAGGGUUUGCACCACGUCGCGAUGCUUGCUCUGUUUGCUGUCAGCCUUUACUGUUCUGGCACUGGUGGCCGCGACUUUACCUUGGAUUUUAUUGGCAUAGUGCUGCUGAAGAUGCACAGCAUACAGAUCCAAGUGGAAACGAUUCAAGAACCUUUAGGGACAAUGUUUCCUUGGAAUUCAACGUUGUUGUGCAUGUGAGUUUCACUAAUCAGCAAUGUAUCACGAUAUCAACUGUGUGUUCAAGUAUUCAGUUGUAGUCAUAUUGGACUGUAGGUCUGUAUUGACAAAUUAAUUAAUUUAUCUCGAUUAAAAUGAUAACUAAAACAAAGACUUUCAUUGGCACAUAAUGUAUAUUGCUAAGCAACAGUCUAACUUAAAUUUUUGCCUUAACAACAAGAUGAAUUAGUCAUUAAAUUGUUGCUCAUCAUGAAUAACAGUCUCCGUUUUGCAGCCUUUUAACCCCAAGUCAACAAACAAUCCUUAGACAUCGAGGAUGUUGUUAAAGAGGCCCGUGUACUGCUGUGUUUCCAAACAGCAGUACACGUGUUUGUGGCCAAACCUGUAAAGCCACAGCCUCCCACUUUUCCAGGUAGAAACAUCGCAUUGCUCACGCCUUCACACACCUAGUACUCUUUCACAUUAUGUCACUUUACAAACACAGAUUUCAGAGUGUUUUCCUGGGACAUCACGUGACAGGCACAAAGCAGCUGAUUCUUGGGAACUCAAAGGAACAUUAAGUUCACAUGUGAUCAUUUAAAAAAACAUAAAAUUAGGCACUAGUUUAUGUUGACCUGUGGAUUAGUCACAAUAAUAUCAACUGGAGCUUGUUGUUGUAGCAAACUAUGAUCAUGAAGCAGGGAAUGAUGAAUCCAACAAUAACCUUUGAGUGUUACUGAAGUUUGGAACUGGUAAGAAUCCUUUAACCAGUUACUCAUAAAGACAGUGUAAAGAGAGACAUCUUUGAAGGAUCUGUUAGAAAUAAUUCAUGCACCCAUGGCAGCCUGAAGGAGAUGAGCUGUACCUGUCUACUGUAAGGAGAGACACUGCUUGACUGAUUAGAUUACCAGAGCCCUUCAGGAUAAACUGCAUCAGAUCAAGACCAAAAUAUUGAAAGUUAGAUUACAAUCAGUCACUAUUGCAACCAUUUGUUAAAAAGAUCAUUUUCAACAAACUUGCAAUUCAAACAUUGGCAGUUCAUUGUGCAUUUUGUGGUUGAGAUUUAGGAGAGGUUAGACUCUUCCUCUGUAUGAAUCACCAUAAUUUUCAAAACAGUGUACACUCCCAUUACCUUCUUGUUGCAAUUCUUCACCCACCCUGCUUGGCCAGUUCCGCUAGUUACACACCUCAACAGACUUCUGCUACUUAAUCACAGAUUUGUUCCUCACAUGUUAGUAAUGUUAGUAAUAAUCUGCCGUUUAAGAUUUUUUCCUAUUUGGCUUUCCUUUCCACACUGACCCAAAAAAAUGCAUCACAUGCUACAUGAGAGAAGAAAGAGAGAGAGAGAGUGUAAAGAUGGUAUCAAAAUAAGGUCAAAGACAGAAUGAGAAGGCUCAGUGAACAAAAUGUUCUAGCUCCUAAGUUAGUAGCAGGAUAUAAAAGACAUGCCUUCACAACAAACCUACAAACUGCAGUGGGUGAUGUUUGUUGAUGGAAGGAAAUAAAGCAGCAAUGACCAAGUGGGGUUAUUAAAAAUGUAGAGUUUAAUAUAUAUUUAUUUCUGACAUUCUGAUAAGGAUUGCAGGUAGGCUUCACAGUACACACUGUGUUCCACUCAUUAUGCUAAGCAGAGAAUGAAGGGUUGGGCAUGGUGGGCUCGACAAGCGGCAGAUUUAGUUUAUACAUUAGUUGUGAAAGCAGAAGGAGGCUGUACAUCCACAGGCAACCUACACUCCUCCUCUGUAUUGCUCAAAAUCCCACAAAAGAGCGCCCAUUGCAUUUCACAUUCUCUCACAAUCCCUUGACACGACAGUGAUUAACAAAAGGACGUGGUCUGUUAAAAAUAUUUUCCAAGUGCAUGCAUGACUCUUUUUGUCCCUUCCUGAUUUAAAUCCACACAAUAUGCAAAUAAACUUGGCUUUGAUUUGGCGCGACAUACCUGCAGAAGGUGUCACAGGUAUGUCAACAUACCUGUGACACCUUGAUAAAGUGGAAAUAGACCUACAGCCAUUAAAAGCUCAAUAAAACAAUAGAACUGUGUAUCAUUAGGUGGAAAAAGUUGCUCUAACUAAUAUGCACUUAAAAACAUAGCUGUAGUUAAUUUACAGCAGCAACCAAAAAUAAAGACUCACAUUUUUUGGGAAAGUACAGAAGUUUUUUUUUUGUUGUUGUUUUGUUUGUAGCUUAAUUAUCACACCUAUAAUGAAUUGAGUGCAUGCUUCCAGUGUGGCUGUGAGUUCCAGUUAUGAUGCCUAAAAGCAUUAGAGUAAUACUGCCAUGUUCUGUUAACAACACAUGCCAACAGUCCUGAACUAACUUUAUCCCAUCCUAACACUCACUUAAGCUGUAGAGCAGUCUACUACUAAAACACCUGCACCAGUCACAUUCAGAGAUAGUUUUGCCUCUGUGUAUGAACAUAUGGAGCCAGCACACAAAAUAAAAACUUCUAACACACAUUGAUUAUUCCUGUUGUUCAAAAGUAACAAAGAGUGAGGGCACUUGCAAUUAUUGUCAUAAAGUUACCACAACUAUCAAGAUAAUCAACAUCACCAAAGUCUUCAUAGAGAUAGUCAGUCCAUUGAGAACACACACACUGAGGCAUACCAUAGAUCCCAUAUUGGGAGUAAGUGAACUAAACCUAGUUUUUGGAUUCAACUUAAAAAUGCUUUACUAUGAAUGCAAUGGCUUCUUUAAAGUAAAUUUGGAAAAAGGCAAUUUUGAGCAAAUAUUUUGGACUAAGGUGGACCAGUAAACUCUGUAAAUGUGCUUUAAUUAACACCAUCACUGCUCUAUGAAGAUUAGUAUUACAUAGAAAAGUGAUUCUGCUGCAUCUCCCAUCUGCUAAAUUUCAAAAUUCUCCAGUGCCUUGCAGUAGCAUUAAUACCUUUGGAACCUUUUUCAUAUUUCUCUAGUUCUAACCUCAGUGAAAGCCAGUGCACCAAACAGCCUUCCAAAGUCACUUUAUUAGCAAAAACAGAGUCCUUCUGUGAGUGAUGUAAUCUCAGUAUAAAUCUAUCUGUUCUGUGAAGGCCUCAAAGGUUUGUUAUAGAAUAUUAAUGACAAAACAGCAGCCUGAAGAUCAAGGAACAGAAAGAAAUGCCAGGGAUAAAAUUGUUCAGCUUUUCUAAAUGAACGACAUUAGAAUAUAACAUGGAACAAAUGCAAAUCUACCAAUAUAUAGCCCUCCGCUAAAAAUGACAAGGCAGGCAAGGAGAGCAUUGAGAAGCAGGUUAGAGGCCCAGGGGAGCUCUGGAGGAGCAACAGAGAGCCACAGCUCAAGUGGAAGUAUUUAUUCACAGGACAGCCUUUUAAUGAUGCAUUCCUCACAUCUGGCAUAGGAGAGUGGCACGAUUGUCAAACUGUUCUUUUCUGAAGUGUGCCACAAGACACGAAGAAACACAGGGUAUAUGAAAGAAGAAUCUCAGGUCAGAGUUCAUUAAAUCCCCCCAUGUAAAAUGCUAUGUCUGACAGAAAAUUAAGACCCAACUAGAAAAUAUGGUUUAAACAGCAUCAUGCUGUGGGGGUUGCUUUUCUAUCAACAGGGCAGAGAAUCUGGUCAGAGUUGAUGAGCACAAGGAUGGUGCUAAAAACUGAGAAAACCUGUGAGAGGCUACAAAAGAUUGAUGACUGGAGUGAACGCUCCCCUUUCAGUGGUAUACCAACCCUAAACAAAGAGCGGAAUGGCUUACAUAAAAACAUAUUCAUGUAUUAGUAAGAUCUAGACUGAAGAAAUACUGGUAAGACUUGGAAACUGAGGUUAACAGACUCUCUAUCCAAUCUGCCUAAGAUUGAGCUAUUCUAAAAAAAAAAAAA